AUGGAUUACUCUCUACAGAACCACGCUUCCUACAUUGGUCGUCCAGUCUCCGAGCUUCCCACUCCAGCUCUCAUCCUAAGCAAGCCCGUGCUAGAGCGAAACACCCAGAUCUUGUUAGAAGAUGUCAAACGGUUGGGAAUUGAGUUUCGGCCCCAUGUCAAAACGCUCAAGUGUAUCGAGGUCACCCGCAUGAUGCUGGGCGACGGCGUGCACCGUCGAAUCGUCGCAUCGACACUAUCCGAGAUCCGAGGAUGUUUAGAUCUUGUCAAGGAAGGGAAACUAGACGAGUGUCUCUACGGUCUACCCGUCUCAGCCAGCGCCCUACCCUUCCUCGAAACCCUAACCAAAUCCCUAAAGAUCAUCCUGAUGAUCGAUAGCGAGCAGCAGAUAGAUCUCCUCGAAUCAUACGCCUCCAAAUCAUCUUCGCCGGUGGCAUCAUGGCCCGUCUUCAUCAAGAUUGACGUCGGCUCUCAGCGUGCAGGAAUGGUCACUGACUCACCAUCCCUCCCAAGAUUAAUCCAGCGCAUUGAGUCAUCCUCCGCGGCUACCGUGUACGGCUUCUACUGUCAUGCCGGACACUCAUAUGCGUGUCGCACAGAGGAUGCCGCGGCCGCGGUUCUCCAGAGUGAAGUCGAGGGCGUAGUGGAAGCAGCUAAGGUCCUGGUUGACGGGAAAUCCGAUAGACGGGUUGUGGUUUCUGUGGGAUCAACGCCUACAGCACAUGUGGUGAAAAGAUUGCAGGGUGUUUUGCCCGAGGGGAUGGAGUUGGAGUUACAUGCUGGAAACUACCCCACAAACGACCUGCAGCAAGUCGCAACCUCACUCGUGGAACCGACGCAGCAGGCAGUGCGCAUUCUCGCCGAUGUCUGCAGCGUAUAUCCCGAGCGCAACGAGGCGCUCGUGAACGCGGGGACUAUCGCGCUCUCGAAGGAGACGGGUGAGUUCCCCGGGUAUGCUAUUGUUGUUGAUCGGCCUCAGUGGAGUGUUGUGCGGAUGUCGCAGGAACAUGGGAUUCUGGGGUGGGCGGAGUCUGAUCAGACGCGUAGGCUUGUUGAGAAGAUGGGGUCGAGAUCUGAUGGGGAGAAGGUGGAGGCUGCGUUUAGGGUUGGGGAUAAGGUUUUGCUGUAUAUUCAGCAUGCUUGUAUUACGGCUGCUAUGCAUUAUGCUUAUUAUGUUGUUGAUGAGCAGGAUAUUGUUCGGGAGACGUGGGUUCCGUGGAAGGGGUGGUGA